UAUUCAUUUUUGGUGGCAGGACAUUAUUUGUAAACUCUCUGCACUGUUUUAAUUUUGUUGCAUUUCAUCUGCAGUUUCUUAGGUCAAGCCGCAGUGCCGAUAUAUCAAGAAGCUGUCUAUUUAUCACACCAAAAUGAUGAUGUUGUGGAUUUGUCUGCUGAUUGGAAGCAUCACCUGUAGUCCUGUAAAUAAAGUCUACAAGCCGGACACUGGUGCUCCAGCAGACACACUCUACAUGCCACUGUCAGCUCCUGCUUCAGGAAGAGGGGAGAGUUCUGACCUGGGCAGCAGCUCGUCUCUACCAAGUCAAUUCAACCCACGGGCUGUCUACAGUGCUGGUCUAGGCAGCUACAGUGGCUCUAGAGCUGGUUACGACAGCCCCAAAACGGCUGAGGGUAACAGUGGUGGAUAUUAUGCGGCUGAGGUCUACACCGGCCCUGAGGUGGUUAAAUAUGGGGUUGCUUAUGUACCUUCCCAUGGGUCUGCGAGUAGUGCUCCAGGUGGCAGCUAUGGUGGUAAAGCUGCUGGUUCUUAUCAACCAGAGGGCUCGUACGGGUCUGUUUCUGCUCCUGGAGAUGAGAACGGGGACUCUGGAUCUGCUAUAGACUACGUUGGAGAGCCUCAGCCAGUGUUAAGUGACGUGUCUGAUCUGGAGCCAGUCUACUCCUUCAGUUCUCGUUCACGCUACCAGAGAGGAAGCGCGACGUUUGUUCAAACCCACUACAGCCCAGGAGAUCCUUUCUUCCCACCCAUGCCAGUUUACAACCCCCCCAUGAAGACUGGUUCAAAGCAAGGCAGUCCUGCUGAAGCUCCACCCAAAGGAGGCAACUGAA